AUGGCGUCCAAACAGUCACAAGAAUUGUGCAGCGAAUGCGAUGCAAAUGCUACAUGGUAUUGCAUUCAGGAUGAUGCUAACUUUUGUGAUCAACAUAAUACUCUUGCACAUUCGCUUAAGUCACAAAAGUUACACAAAAUCGUCUCUAUUGAUGAAAAAGCAGUAGUUAUCAGAAAUCAAGCAGCUAAGCCAAUGAAUUGUAAAGCUCACCACAUGCCACUUUGUUUAUAUUGUUUACUUUGCAAGACAUGUCGCGAUCAUAUUUAUUCCAAACAAGAGGAUCUUGAGAAUAUCAAUGCAAGCUUAAAUAAAUGUUCAGAGGAAGGAAGACACGCAUUAUCACUUGAUGAUUUUGCUGCGUUGUCUCAAUCCAAAGUUAUUAUGGAUAAAAUGAAAAAACUUGAAACCGAAAGUGUUGAAUACCAUUCUCAAGUUCAUUUGACUGACGCGAUUCCAUUUCGUAUCUCAAUUCAAACUCUUCUCAAAAUUAUAGAUACUACAGGAAUCUUAGGAGAAAUACCUGCACCGUCGUUUAUUCAACAGAAGUGUAAAGCUAGUAGUAAUAGUCUUGAAGUUGAAUGGGAACCUAUUCAAUUCGACUCGUCUAUAAUUGCUUACGUUUUGGAACUUGAACAAGCCGAUACUAAUUUCAAUGAAGUAAGCAUUCGUUACUUUUCAUAGGAAAUCAAUUUGAAUCUAUUGAGACAAUCUUAUUUUCCGCAAUAGAUAGACCAUAACUACUUAUGUCAAAUUUCUAAAGUUUUUUGUUUAAAGAUCACUUGAAAUAUAUAGAUCGUCAAUGCUUUCCGAAAUGAAGAUUGACAUAUAUUAGGGAGCUGUGAAUCGCUCCACACUUGGAUCCAUCUGCGUCAGAGUUGAGCAGUAAGCCGAAGAAUUGAUUUAUCUACUAGAGUGUUACAUUCUCUUGUUACAAAGGUAAUUUGAGGCAAAGAGAUAAAAUAGAUAAAUGAAAGUGUGCGAUAACUAGCCAAAGUAAGUAAGCUGUUUCUAUAGAUUUUGUAAUUAAAUAUCAAUGUAUUUCACUUGAUACCUUCAUUGUCAGUCAAUUUGGUCAGCAUUCAUCUUUUUCUACGUAGUUUAAGC